AUGGCAACAACCGAACGCUGGGCUUCAUAUUCUAAGUGCUGCGAAGAUUCAGUGAUCCUGAUCAAGGAGAACAUGAUCUGGGAGGAAGCGUUAUACUACUGCAGAGAUCACUAUCGUGAUCUUGUCUCCAUCACCAACCAGGGCGAGCAGCUCUGGGUCCAGGAGAGAGCCAAGAUGGCCUCCACUCCCUACGUGUGGCUGGGACUGCGCUACACCUGCACUCUGGACUUCUGGUUCUGGGUCACUGACGAGACGAUCCUCUACACCAACUGGGGCCCCGGCCAGUCUGGGGACGACUGCAACAUGUCUGGAGCCAUGGACAGAGAGGGAACGCACCAGUGGGUCAAAAAGAUCGAUGACAACCACCAGCUUAAUUUCAUCUGUUCCACGUAA